CCUGGCGAUUGGAACCAAGGCCGGGUAUAAGCUGUUUUCUCUGAGUUCCGUGGAGCAGCUGGACCAGGUCCACGGAAGCAAUGAGAUCCCCGACGUCCACAUCGUGGAGCGCCUGUUCUCCAGCAGCCUGGUGGUGGUGGUGAGCCAUGCCAAGCCGCGGCAGAUGAACGUGUACCACUUCAAGAAGGGCACGGAGAUCUGUAACUACAGCUACUCCAGCAGCAUCCUGUCCAUCAAGCUGAACCGGCAAAGGCUGCUGGUCUGCCUGGAGGAGUCUAUCUACAUCCACAACAUCAAGGACAUGAAGCUGCUGAAGACCCUCCCGGACGUUCCUGCGAACCCCACAGGUCUGUGUGCCCUCUCCAUCAACCAUUCCAACUCCUACUUGGCCUAUCCCGGAAGCCUGACCACAGGCGAGAUUGUGCUUUACGACGGGAACUCGCUGGGGACCCUGGCCGCCCUCGCCUUCAACGCCUCGGGCUCCAGGCUCGCCAGCGCCUCGGGAAAAGGCACAGUCAUCCGGGUGUUCUCUGUACCUGAUGGACAAAAGCUCUAUGAAUUCCGAAGAGGAAUGAAGAGGUAUGUGACAAUCAGCUCUCUCGUAUUCAGCAUGGACUCGCAGUUCCUCUGCACGUCCAGCAACACCGAGACGGUGCACAUCUUCAAGCUGGAGCAGGUCACCAACAGUCGCCCGGAGGAGCCUUCGACCUGGAGUGGCUACAUGGGAAAGAUGUUCAUGGCCGCCACCAACUACCUCCCCGCCCAGGUGUCUGACAUGAUGCACCAGGACAGAGCAUUUGCCACGGGACGCUUGGGCUUCUCCGGACAGAGGAACAUCUGCACCCUCUCAACGAUCCAGAAGCUGCCCAGGCUGCUGGUGGCAUCAUCCGACGGACACCUGUACAUCUACAAUCUGGACCCUCAGGACGGGGGAGAGUGCGUCUUAGUCAAGACCCACAGCCUGCUGGGCUCAGGAACGGCAGAAGAGAAUAAAGAAAAUGACCUCAGGCCGCCCUUACCUCAGUCGUACGCAGCAACUGUCGCCAGGCCAAGCCCGUCUUCUGCCUCCACGGUGCCAGGUUACUCUGAGGACGGCGGGGCGCUGCGAGGAGAGGUCAUUCCGGAGCACGAGUUUGCGGCCGGGCCGGUGUGUCUGGAGGACGAGAACGAGUUCCCCCCUAUAAUCUUGAGCCGUGGAAAUCAGAAGGGCAAGGCGAAGCAGUCAUGAUGGGAAGCACCCCCGAGAGCAGGACAGCCCUGCAGGUGGUUUUGGCGAGACCAGGAAGGUGGAAGAGCGGAGUGCAGAACGGUGUGAGCGAGAGGGGCAGGCAUCCCGGGUGCUGCCGCUGACCCCGCAGGACACGGCUGGCUCCUCUCCGGGCUCCCUCGGCCCCGGCGGCCAGCGGCGGGGGCCGUUUGCACGUUGUGCCGUUUCAGUACGUCCAAGCCAUCAAGUAAAUGCUCACUAGCCCUAUGGGUGUAUCACCGAACGUUGCUAUUGAAAAGGGUAUCCUUCUGAAAUAUAUGCCGUGUCAAAAUGUACUUAUAGGAAAGCCUCUCUGAACCGUAUUCCUUGUAUAUUGCGUACGUAUGCAGAGACUAUUUUAGCCCGGCAAAGUAUUUUUUGCAGUGAUUGGAAUAAAUCAUUUAUUACUUGGGAGUCCCACUUUGGACACUACUAAUAAAUUCAUGGCAAGACA